CUACGAUCUUGUCGGUAUCGUCUCUGUGCUCCCUCGUGAUGCAACUCAUCGUCUAACACGUGACGAGCUGCGCUAUGGAGCUGCCAGCUAUCAGGCAGCAGCCCUUCUGCGGUGGGGCGCUGACCAUCCUGGCUGGUGGUUUGCCAAAGACGGCCGACAGCCUCAGCGCGCAUGCAGUCUCUCAGCUGAGACACAAGCCAAAGAGUGUGCCCGGCAGGUCCUUUCCUCUUGGACUACGAUGAUGUUUGUGCGUCGAGCUGCUCAGGUCCCGGACGACAUGCUUGAGCGGCAACGGGAGCUUCUUGCUGGCCAGUCCGUCGUCAAAUGUCGAGAUCAUGAUCGUUACUUUCUCGUGGCCGUCUCCCCCAAGUCUCCGCUGCAGGAGGUGUUGUCGUGCUGCUGGCCGCCCUUCGAUGCCAGUCAAGACAGUGUCCGUGUGCGCCCGGCGACUUGCAAUGCCAAAGUCGUCCGCUACUCAUGCCCUCACAAGUCCUUUUGGGGGAGCUCUAUGGGGCGGUGUUGCCUGGUCGACCUCUGCGCAAAGCAUUUCAAUCAGCUGAGCACGGAAGUGGCAUUCUCUGACGGCAGCGAUGGCAUGUCUCGGUCGAUGUGUAUGCGGCCACGGCCUGAGCCCCAGCCUCGUACAUCGCAACCCAACACAUCAGCAGCUGCACGAGCCGCCCCGCCGUCCACGCACCCAGCAGCACCCCCACCACCCGCACAAGCUGACGAUUCAGGUGACGAUGAAGAGGAGGCGGUCCAUGCGGAGCAAGAGUGGGAGCAGAUCAAUCAGGCGCUGCGCCAGGAGCCUUUGGAUGAGAAGCCCUUCGGUCCGCAAGACGCAGAUGAGGAGGCGGAACAUGCGACAUGGCAGCAGCUCGUGGAUGAUGCGGUGACCAACGUGGGACCAGUUGACUUCGGCACCGACAGCGCCGCCAAGGACCGCUACCUAGACACCGACAGCAGUCAACAUGCUCUGUAUGCUGUGAGCCCGUCUGGCGAUCGCAUCUGGGCUCACUGCGUCUUGAACCACUAUCUGAGGCUACGCCGUGUUGUCGGUGACCUCGUUCGAAAGCUUCUCGAACUCGGCAGCUAUGUUCUGACUCGCACUGCACCUGUUGUCAAUGGCGCACCCAUUGUUAUGACGCAGAUCUGCCAAGCCACCUGCAGCCUCUCUUUCGGCGGGUGCGUGCGUACCAUUUCCGGAUGAAGGCGAUGACGACCAGCUUGUUUUCGUCCUUGACCGCCUCUGACACGAACAACAGACAUGGAGGGCUGGAACCCACCGUCCUUCUACAUCUCCUCUUACUAAGCGCUGCACAAUUGCGGAUCGUUUUAACCGGCAUCGUGGCGUGAUGCCGUCCUGCUUCUU